AUUCUCCCCCUGGCCCAGGCUGCAGCUAGCUGAGCCCAGGACAGCUCAGGAGCAGCAUGGCCGUCCGUCUGUGCAUGGUUGCCCUAACCUUGGCUACCCUCCUCAUUGUGGACAGGGAAGUGCCAGUGUCGGCAGAAGAGCUUGUCUUCUCCAGAAUGCCCAUCUGUGAUCAUAUGAAGGAAUCUCCAAAAUGUCCCCAGACACUCAACCCGGUCUGCGGCACUGACAGGAUCACGUAUGACAAUGAAUGCCAGCUUUGCUUAGUCCGGAUAAAAACCAAACAGGACAUCCAGAUCAUGAAGGAUGGCAAAUGCUGAUCCCACAGGAACCUAAGCCAUGAAGCUUCAGGCUGGAGAACAGUGGUGGGAGUGGAAAGGAUGUGACAUGAAAUAAAAGAUCCAGCCCAA